CGUACAUUUAAGUCAUCUUGAGAAUUUUUCCCAAUUUAUUGUUGUAAAAAUGUUUUACCCUGUGGAAUCGUUAAAAAGAGGGGGCCGUUUUUAUCUAUGUUGGGUAGCGGAUUCGUGGCCUCUACGUUUUGCCCAUAUUACACAUCGACAGCUUUGGUCUCAGGAUAUUCGAAGAAUAUGUGAGGAUUUAUUAGAGGUUGUAAGGAAUGAGUCCGGGCGUCCCGCCAAAAGAUUUUCUCUGCGCCUGAGCUCUCAGUUACUUCGAGGCGUUGCCAGACUUCACUACGCUAAAGCUUCGAAUUUGUUAGAGGAGCUAUGCAUGAUCAACGCUACUGUAAUAAAACAAACAAACAAGAAAUGGCAUAUCCACAAGGUUGAUGUGCAAAGAGUAAGGCAGCCACAGGUACAAAGGCUUGAAAUUCAAGAGACAAUCCAAGAACUGCCUGAAGAACAGAGGCUUGAAGAAUUGAUACAGAGAAGUGGUAAUGUUGUCUCAAACAUAGAAGAUAUUACACUAAAAGAAGCCACUAUUACAGAUGUUUUAUUGCCAGCAAAUGAUGGUUUCGGCGAAGAACACCCUGAGCAUGCUCUACAUUUGCUGCAAGACCGCACGCUGGAGAUGAUGUUAGUGCAGCCGGAACUGUCCAGCGUCCACAGCGGGCUCGGCCUCGCACUCGACCUCACCUCCUUCGACAAGUCGGAGAGGUCGCGGCUAGGACAUGAACUACAGAUGGAACGCAUUGAAGAGCAUGACGUCACGUUGUUCAGAAAAUCUACCGGAGCAGAACUAGUUGCGGAAUUUGAAAAAGACAUUCCUGAAAUACCCGAUAUCCCGCCUCCUGAAUUGCCCGUCCCUCAACCAGAGAAAGCAUUAGAGGAGUCUGUCCCGGAGCCCACCACUAAUGUUGCUGUUGCGGAGAUGACGAAGCCACAGGAGCCAGAAGUUGACAUCGAGCUGGAGGAACUAGAAGAAGUUGCACCCCAAGUAAAAAGGCGGAAGUUCGGCAACAAAUUAAUAAUUGACAAGAAGAUUAAGAUAAGCACAAACCAUUUCCGGGCUAGGAUAGAAAAUCCAUUGGUGGAUUUACGAUGCGAGGACAGCUUGGACGACAUCAUUUGUAUCCGAGUGCCACCCGAGUCAUAUUUCCGACGACCAUGCCACGGAGGAGCAAGGAUUGCGAGUAACUUGGGUUUCGACAUCACGCGAAUGUUCCGCAGAAAUCUCGGCGUUGUUAGUGGACAAACUCGAGUUGAUAGAGAAAUGGAGUUACCACGAGAAGCAGCUGCGCAUAAAUCCACUCGAACAUUUACGAGAUCGAUGCUUGAAAGGAUAGAAGAAGAACAAGAGGUGCCUGUGGUACAAGAGCAGCUCGAAAUUCAGUUAGAGCAACCUAGAGUGUCGGAAGCUAAUGUCACAACAGACUUGCAAAAUAUGUUUCAACCGGAGCGAGUGAGCGCUGAAAAUGAAGAGAUGAACAUUGCAGAUAUGCUUACUCAGAAAGUGGAAACUCUGUCGCAAUCACGCAAGCGGACAGCGGAACAAGAAACAAUUGGAAGUCCAAAGAGACAGCGUUCAGUUGGUUAUGUGUCAUUCCGUGAGAGUCAGCUGGCUAAAGAAAUGCCGCAUUUCACCAUAGAUGCAGAUGCGGACAAGGAAAAUAUACCAGACAACAUAAUGCCACCACAACCCCAAGACGCAGAGAUUAUGCUGUCUUCAAAACUACAAGAGGCUGGACUUGCAGACAUCAUUCCUCCACCGAAUAUUACAGAAGUACCACUCAUCCAAACGCAGCGGCCAACGAUAUCGACGUCACAUAGAAAGUCCCAAACGACGGGCAGUGAGAGUUCCGAAACACCUUUAGGAAGUCUGGACAGAACCAAAGUAUCGCUUGGCGACUCGGAACAAACCACUGAUUCCAAAAGGUUCAUACGAGAUCAAUGGGGCACCGAAGGAACUAUGAUUAAGAUUCUGAAACACAUCAAAGCUAGACUGCAGCCAGUUACAGUAAGGAGUCUCAUCACUAAAGGCCCUGUCAUAUCGGGAUACAAGUGUAUAAUAGCAGCGCGAUGCUUCACGUCAAUACUUAAGCUGAAGAAACAUGGCUUUAUCAAUAUUACUAAAGACCCAGAAACACUGGAAAUAAUAGACAUCAGUUUGGGACCGCAGUUGAACUCCAGUGAAUGAUAUAGAAUGCAUUUUUUAUUAUAUCAUAAGCAAUGUUCUUUGGUUUAAAUAAAUACAUACAUAAAUAA